CCCCGCGGGAUUGGAGGCCCGCCGCCCCGCCCGGGCCCGCGAGGCUGGCGGGAGGCGUAGAGCGGGCCCUGCGGCUGGGACGCCGAGAGCCGGGUCAGCCUUCUCUUGUCUCCGGAUCCUGGGGGUCGUGGCGGGCCCCCGCGCGUCAGCUCCCCGCUCUCCACGUGCCGGCCGGCGCGGCGCCCCAGCCCCGGGAGGAGCUGCAGUCAGAGAGAGACGCCAGAGUCUCCGCCCCGCGCCCCAGUGCCGGGCCGGGCGGUGCGCCUGCUUCCGCGGCAUUAAUCGUCUAAACUCCUGGCUUCCCUUGUGUCCACGUUAGGAGGAGGAUAGGUGAAUAUUAUUAAAGAUUUCUACUGUGUUCCUUCGCUGUACUUGAGGUGUUGCUGCUAAGUGCAGGUCCUUGGAUUAAAAAGUGAUGCCACCAAGAAGAAAUGAGAAAUACAAACUUCCUGUUCCACUUCCAGAAGGCAAGGUUCUGAAUGAUACAGAAGGAAAGCAAUGGGUACUGGGCAAGAUGAUUGACUCUGGAGGAUUUGGCUUGAUAUAUUUAGCUUUCUCCGCAAGUGAACCAGAUAAAGAUGCAAAACAUGUAAUAAAGGUGGAAUAUCAAGAAAAUGGCCCAUUAUUUUCAGAGCUUAAAUUUUAUCAAAGAGCUGCAAAAAAAGACAAUAUCAAAAAAUGGAUAAAACUCAAACAGCUUGAUUAUUUAGGAAUUCCUCUGUUUUAUGGAUCUGGUAUUACUGAAUUCAAGGGAAGAAGUUACAGAUUUAUGGUAAUGGAAAGACUAGGAAUAAAUUUGCAGAAGAUCUCAGACCAGAAUGGUACUUUUAAAAAGUCAACUGUCCUACAGCUAGGUGUCCGAAUGUUGGAUGUAUUGGAAUAUAUACAUGAAAAUGAAUAUGUCCAUGGUGAUAUAAAAGCAGCAAAUCUACUUUUGGGUUACAGAAAUCCAGAUCGGGUUUAUCUUGCAGAUUAUGGACUUUCCUACAGAUAUUGUCCCGAUGGAAACCACAAACAGUAUCAGGAAAAUCCUAAAAAAGGCCAUAAUGGGACAAUAGAGUUUACCAGCUUGGAUGCCCACAAGGGAGUAGCCCUGUCCAGACGAAGUGACCUUGAAAUCCUCGGCUACUGCCUGCUGCGGUGGUUAUGUGGGAAACUGCCCUGGGAACGGAACCUGCAGGACCCCGUGGCUGUCCAGACUGCUAAAACAAAUCUGUUGGAUGAGCUCCCCGAGUCAGUGUUUAAAUGGGCUCCUUCUGGAAGCAGUUGCCAUGAAAUAGCCAAAUAUUUGGUAUGUGCUCAUAGUUUAGCAUAUGAUGAAAAGCCAGACUAUCAAAAGCUCAAGAAAAUCCUGAACCCAAGUGGAAUACCUUUAGGACCACUGGAGUUUUCUGCCGAAGGAGAGAGCUUAAAUGUGCGCCCUCCAAACAAUCAAAAAGUUGAUUCACGAAAGGCUGCAAUAAAGCAAGUCAAUCAGAUGCAAAGGAGGUUAAUAGAAAAAAAAGGCCACCGUGAGAGAAGUGCUGAGUCCUGUGCAACAAGGAAAAAAGUGCAGAAAGAGAAGCUGAUUGGUUUGCUUAACAAUGAAACAGCUCAGGAAAGCAUAAGGAGAAGACAAAAAUAUUGUGAGUCUCAAGAAUUUUUGAAUGAAGUAAAAAGUUCUCCACAAAGAUCCAGCUGUAUACAAUUCCCAAAUUCCUCUUAUGAACCCCAUCAAGGUUUCACCAGUACAGAUGUGUUCAAGUCAAGCUGUCCAUCUUGGGACACAUAUACAUCUACAGCUGGUACAGAGGGCACAGAAUUAGAAAGUUCUACAGGAUUUUGGCCUAUGAUGUCCCAGUUUACUCUCAGUGAAGAGACAAAGGUAGAUAUAUGUUAUUAUGGCUUCACCAUUCUUUUUCUUUUGAUAUUAGUAUGUCUUGCUUUAUAUUUUCUCUGAAGAUAUGAAAUAAAAUCCUUUUGUUAAUAUAAGUUUCCAGGUCUCCACAGAAAUGUUGCAUUCAUUUCAGGGUCUUCUCCCAGUCAUUUUCAAGGUAAUUAGCUUAUAAAAAGAAAAUUCUUUACAUUAGAAAUGGUAGAAUGAUGAAGUUUGGAAAAUACUUUUUAAGUUUCAGAUCACCUAGGAAAUCUAGAAAAAGGGUUAACCAUUUUUUGACCAAAGGAGAAAUCUGCAAAUUAAGAUGUUGAUAGGGAUGAUUUAUUUUAGAAAUUUUUUUAAAGUAGACUGAAAAAUGCUUCAAAAAGUUUUAUAUAAACUACUAAAACACAUUAUUAAACACCAGGCACAUUUUUUGAAAUGGGAAUAAUAAUUUGCUUACCUUACUACAAUACGGACAUUCACCAAAUAUGGUAUUAAAACUCUGUCUACUGGUCAGCAGUCCUCUCAACCACUGAAGAUUUUAAAAAGAGAAGGGAUCGGUGUAAGCAUGAUUACAAAUUACGGGCACUCUAAAUAUCAUUUCCUUUCUGAGUACAUUAUUUCUUAUGCCAGAAGAUUCUCCUCAAUUUACUUUUCCAAGAGUAAGGGAAAAAAUUUCCUGAGCUCAUACCAAACUACUAAAAUGCUGAAUAACAAGAGGAAACCAUAAUAAACUUCAAGGUCUACACACCACUGACUUAAAACCAAGUAACUGACCCCUUUAAGAAUUUGAUAAAAAUUAUCUAUCUUUUCCACCCUAAAACAGAUACACACAUAAAUGUUUUCAAGUUCAUGGGAUUCACAUAUUCUACCUAAAUCCAUUAAUCAUAAAUUUAGAACUUGUGCUAUGAAAGAUAGAUAACACAGGAUCUUGAAAAUUUAGGUCUUAAUUCUGGUUUUAAUCACCAAUAGUGGGUUAAUUCUCAGUCCAUUAAUUACAAGCAUAAGGCUGUCCAUUUUAAAAAAUUAAAUGAAUAUUCAUUAUUACAAAAGAAAGCACAUGUUCCCUGAAGAGUAUCUCUAUAAUUAGACUUGGUAUUUUAUGAUUUUAUAUAAGGUAAAUUGACAUCUCUACCUAAAUUCUUCAUUGUUCAACUGAAGAUAGCACCAGCAGCUCUCUCUAAUCACAAAAAUCAGGAGGUAAUACUAAGGAAGUCUUUGAAAACUGAAAGCACUAUAGAACUGCAAGCUGUUCUCUAUGUAGAUGCACAUGUAGUUAUUCAGAUGUCAACUCUACCGUAACAUGAACACUAUAGAGAGCAAAUGACCAUAGACAGGAA